GCGCGGCGGGGCUGAGGCGGCCGAGGCGGCCCGAGCGCAGGGAGUGGACGUUGGGUUCCUGAGCCUCGGCGCUGAAGACGGCCAGGCCUCCAGCACAGGGUGAAGCGGUGCUGCUUCUUGGAAAAACUGAAAAAGCUCUCUGGACGACGAGGGCCCAGAGCUGAUGGCAGACAAUGUCAGCCUCUAACAACAUAGCCCAGGCUCGGAAGCUGGUGGAGCAGCUCCGCAUCGAAGCCGGGAUCGAGCGCAUCAAGGUCUCCAAAGCCUCCUCUGAACUCAUGAGCUACUGCGAGCAGCACGCCCGGAGCGACCCCCUGCUGGUGGGAGUCCCUGCCUCCGAGAACCCCUUUAAGGACAAGAAGCCUUGUAUUAUCCUAUAGCUUUGUUUUCUCUCCCGCUCACCUCCCCCCCCCACCCCCACCCCCAGCCAGGGCGUUGGUCAGUACACAGGCGAGCAAAACUCUUAAUUCCAAAAGAAACACACCACGUUGCCACCGCCCAGAUGAGGUAAAAUGUAUCCUCUGGAUUCAGAUGCCUUUUCAGACCCCACAUCGCAGCACUGUCAGGGGCCCGCCUUCACUACCACUUCCGAUGGGGAAUAGCUGAAAUGCCCAAGCGAUGUGGUAACGAUUUUUGAAAACUUGAGUUGCCAUUUGAGUCGUGGUCCAGAGCCAAGCAGGGUCGGGGGGACGGGGAGGAGUUGGGUGACUUAGCCACUGGCGUGACCAUUUGUGAAGACGUCCACCAGGUUAAUGAUGCGAUGCUUUUGGGGGGGGCGGGGGGUGGUUAAGUGAAGUAAAAUUGGGUGGAGUUGGGGGGAGGGUCAUAAUUCACUUUUUUCAGACAUUUUUCUCCUUUUCAUUUAAAACCAUGUAAUUCCACACCGCUAAAAUCAGGUGUCAUUGGCGGAGCCUGUAGCUAAGCCGAGUGGUGACAAUGCACACGUGGAUUGUAGGGGCCGGGAGGGGGGCUCUGCCUGUGAGACGCACCCCUGUCACCCAGGGUCACCCCUCUGUGUGGCUUUUGUGUGGCAUCUGUCACCCGACAGCCACGCCACAGUCCCCGCCCUUUCCUGGGGACCCCGCCCAUCCCAGAAACGGAUUUUCAGCCCACGGCCCCAGUCACUGCGACGACCAGCUGUGUUUUCUUUAGUUUUGAGCGCAAGACAUGAGCGUGGGCCGUCAGAGGCUGUGGUCAUAUUUGGCUCUUCCGUGUUGGUUCUGUUGUUUUCCACUUUCUGCAUCUCCAUGGCCAUUUUUAAAACAGAAAUGCAGCCUGGGGUGGCCUGCCCAGGGCCGCCUGGCGCUUCAGAGUAUAAAAAGGUGUGAGGGAUUCCCUGGUGGUACAGUGGUUAGGACUCCGCACGUCCACUGCGGUGGGGGGGGUCAGGUUCCAUCCCUGGUCAGGGAACUAAGAUCCUGCAAGCCUCCUGCGCGGGUGGCCAAAAGAAAAAGAAAGGUGUGAAAUUGUCUGGAAGUAGCUACCAAGGCCCUGGAGAUGGGAUCCUUUGCCCAGAAAUGGAGAGGCACUUGCACUGCCCCCCUCCGCCUGACACCCAAGCACCCGGAGCAUCUGUAAGGUGUCGUGCAGUUGACGGGCUGCGGGGCUUUUUUACAAAUGCUGUUUCCUCUGUUGUGACAAAGACAGUUUCAAGGAGCAGGAGGCAGAAGGACGGGCCAAAUGCACACCUGCCCUCACCUGCCAACUCCGCCUACCGCCGCCAGGACCCCCUGGCCUGAGCCCUGGGUUGGGGGGGGAGUGUCAGGAUCCCAGGCGAGUGCAGCCGGCACAAGGGGACCGGGCCCUCCUCUCCCGACACCUCUGCUCCCCUCGCUUCCCUGGGGCUCAGACCUUGCACAGCUGCGAAGGCUGGUGGGACGCCCAGCACCCCUCCGGCAGCUCCCACAGUGUGCAGACCCAGGGCCGAGCUUCUCCCCCGCACCCAGCUCUCUCCGGCCGGUCCGGGAGCACCUGGGGCCUUGGGGAGCCCGGCUCCCCCGCACCUGUAGUUGGACAGAGAAGAAAGCCACAGGCCCCCCCACUCCCACGCUGCUGCCCCCUUUCACUGGGAGCCAGCUGCCCAGGGGCACCUCGCCUGCCCAUCCCCAGCAGCAGCGCAGGACGGAACAGAGCCUGUUCUAGAAACCCCGGGUGCACCCCAGGCAUGGGGGUGGGGGAGGCCAGGGCCCAGUGGGGCUUAGCCCGAGGGUCAGAGGGGCAGCUGGCAGAGUGCGUCUGCCUGUGAGGGCAGCCCGGCAGCCAUCUGCUGACGGGUCACCCUUUGCUCUGGGACAGAAGCCUCAAUCCCUUGAGCCCGAGCUCGGGCCGCACACGCCUGGCCUUCCUCCUGCGCCCGCAGUGUCCCAGCCGCCCACCACCGGGCCCCAAAGAGGACAAGGGUUCCUGAUGCUGAGAUCAGAGUGUCCCGGGCCCAGACCUGCCCUCUCUCGGGCCCCUGCCCUGCCAGCUGUGCCAAGCCGCAUGUCCCUGCCAAGUGACCCCAGAGAAGCCAGCGGGACGCCAAGCCCAGGACCCCGGCUGAGGGGAUGGGGGGACCCGAGUUCGGCAGCCCCCUUGCUGGCUCUGGGCUCAGCCAGCCGACAGCUGCCGCCACCCACCCGCCCAAGCCCUGAAGCAAAACUGAACCUGGGCCAGAGACCCCCCCCUCCACAAGUCGAGACCCCAAGGACCCAGCGGUCUGGGUAAACUGAGCCCCAGUGGAGGUGAAGACCACCAUCCCCCCACCCCAUGACCACACCUGCCCAGGUGCCUCCCCAGGUGCCCACAGCCUCGGAGCCCAGGGAGGUGGUGGUUGCCCGAAGCCCCACGUUGGGUUUAUUUCCAGUGGAGGAAAAAGCACUUUUUUCCCUUUUUUUUUUUUUUUCCUCUUAAACAUCAGUGUCCCCAGCAUAGGCCUGAAGCAUCGGGGCACACACAACAAUGUGUUCUGCUGUGCUUUCCUGGUGAAAGUGUCAGCGUCAAAACGUGGUUUCAGGGCACUCGGGGGACUAUACGUGCCCUGAGAGGCCAGCAGCUGGCCGUGGCAGCGCGAGAGCCUCGGGAAAACCAGCACCUCUCAACCACAUCCCGGGGGAAUUAAAGACACAUGCACCCAAAUAAGGCAGUGCGGGGCGACAUGCAGCCUCCCCUCUGCAGCCUGCAGUGCUUCCCGUGCGCCCGGCCCGGCCCAGCCCCUGCUCCCUGGCCUUCUCGCACCUCCCCCAUCCGCCCCAAAGGUCACCCCCCAGGCCAAGAAUUUAGUGACUUGGUUGUGACCUCCAGCCCCGAUGGGGACGCAGAAGGUGCUCUUUCUUCCUUUGAUGUCCCAGCCACCCUGUCCAGUCGUCCCUGGGCCACCAGGCAGCUCAUCCAUCUCGAGCCCCAGGGCGGGCAGGGAGAGGCCAUAGGACCCCCGCCCCAAGCGUGAGUGACCAGGGGCAGGUUCCGGGCCACGGUGAGGCCACCGCAGGUCGCUUGUCCUUCAAGAGCCUGCCACAGGGCCCCCUGAAAAGAAGCCAUAUGUCGACACCCCGCCCGCUUCCUCCUCUGCCCGUGGAGACCAUUGCCAAACAUUGUAAAGCCCAGUUCCCGGUUCUCAGAAGCAAUCUGUGGUUCUAGUGGGUGCGACCCCAUCUGCGUUUGGAUGUCCAGUGGUUUUUAUUUCUGAUUUUUAAAAGAAUUGCAGGUGUGCCACACCUACUUUCCUGCAGUGUUUUAAUAUUGUGUGGAAUUAUUAAUACCAAGUGAAUGAAUUCACAAUAAAAAGGCUCACUGUUCCUUUC